GCAGUAGGUCAUGGCGCGAAGAUGGCGGUUGUUGUCGUUGAUGUUGGCGGCGGCGCUGGCUGUGGCCGGCGGCAGCGACUCCCGAGCAGAUGGAAAUUGGCACAGGUACAAGGACAAGAUAGCAGCAGCUGUGGGUUCUUAUCAGCCCUGCAUCCAACAUAACUGCAGCUGUCAUCAACGUGUCCUAGAGGAUGAUCUUUCACCCUUCAAGCAAGGAAUCUCCAGUGACAUGAUGACUGAUACUGUCAAUAAAAAUGUAGGGACUCACUACCAGAUAAUACAGAACAAGUUGUAUCGACAAGAUGACUGCAUGUUCCCUGCCAGGUGCAGUGGAGUAGAGCAUUUUGUACUGGAAAUAAUUGACCAGCUCCCUGACAUGGAAUUUGUACUCAAUGUCCGAGACUACCCUCAGAUUCCAUACUGGAUGAAACCCAUCAGGCCUAUUUUGUCUUUCAGCAAGACUUCAGAAUACUAUGACAUCAUGUACCCUGCGUGGACCUUCUGGGAGGGAGGUCCAGCAGUUUGGCCCAUUUACCCAAAAGGACUUGGACGCUGGGACCUAAUGAGGAAGGAGUUAAAAGUAUCUGCUGAAAAGUGGCCAUGGGAGAAGAAAGUCUCAAAAGGUUUCUUUAGAGGAUCAAGGACAAGUUCUGAGCGAGACCCUCUUAUUCUGCUGUCUCGGGAAGAACCUUUGUUGGUAGAUGCCGAGUACACAAAAAACCAAGCCUGGAAGUCAGAAAAGGAUACUCUAGGAAGACCCCCUGCCAAAGAAAUUCCAUUGGUGGACCAUUGCAAGUACAAGUAUUUAUUUAAUUUCCGAGGUGUUGCAGCCAGUUUCCGAUUUAAACACCUUUUUCUGUGCGGAUCGUUGGUUUUCCAUGUUGGGGAUGAAUGGCUGGAAUUCUUUUACCCCCAGUUGAAACCAUGGGUACAUUACAUCCCUGUUAACCAAGACCUCUCCAAUGUUCGGGAGUUGUUACAGUUUGUUCAAGAAAAUGAUGAUAUUGCCAGAGAGAUUGCAGAGAGGGGCCACCAGUUUAUCCUGGAGCACUUGAAGAUGGAGGAUGUUUCCUGUUACUGGAAGCAGCUGCUAAUGAAAUAUUCCAAACUACUGCUAUAUAAACCCAAGAAACAAAAGAAAUACAACCAGAUCUUUGCCAGGCAUGAACGAAGUGAGCUGUAGCUUUUGGAGACAUGGAUACAUUCACAGCAACUGCAGGGUCAGGUUCUCUGUGAAACUUCCAACAUAGUUAAGCCAGUUUGCUAAGCUGUGGAAUAUUCCCAUCAGUUUUCAAAACCUUUGCUGCAGUUAUAAAUUCUGGUCCAAUCAGGGUCCAGCCAAUAUUCUACAAACCACAGGCUCCAAACACUUAAGACUACAUCCUUCCAUUUACUGUAAAUUCAAAGGAAACUGUGUGCAAUGGAAGGUCAUCAAAAAUAAGGAACAAGAUAUGUACGGUCUCUUUAAUCAUGGUCUUAAUGUCAUCAAUUUAAUUUAUUGAAGCACAUUCCAAGAGUCAUUCUUUUAAUAGAGCAUUAAUGGAGACAAACUGCAGCUAAGAAGAGUAAGGGAUGGCUUGACUGAAAUAUGUAAGAUCCUGAGGAUCUUAAUAGGAUAUGGAAAGGAUGUUCCCUAUUAGGAAAUAAUAUACAAUGUGGGAUUGCCCAUUUAAGACAAAAUGAGAAUUUGUUUUCUGAGAACUUUUGGUAUCCUUCAGAAGGUGGUGGAAGCAGAGACUUGAAUCUUUUUAAGCCAGCAGUAUAUUGAUUCUGGACAAGUGAUUAGGUGAAGGUUAUUGGGGAAGGAGGGAAUGUGGAGUAGUGAGAUCAGCCAUGAUAUUAUAGAAUUGUAGAGUAGAAUUGAAUGGCGUACUCCUGCUCCCAAUUUAUAUGUUGAUCUAUAAACUCAAGCAGAUCUUCAUUAUUCGUCUUGUGUUUGGAAUGACAUUCCCAAUAAAGUUAGGGACUGGAUAUUUGAAUUCUUAUCAUCACUGCCCCUUCGCUGAACCUGCAUUCCUGACUUUUAGCCUCUCCAUGGCCAUAUUCCAAUCGGGCUGGUAAAGCGUUUCAUUCUGACGUCUAUGCCACUUGACUGACAGAUGAGCAUUCAAUCACUAUCUGCUGCUUCCCUCUGUUCCUGUCUCCUGUUGCCAGUUCUGGAUUUGCUAGUAAUAGAAAGGCCAGCAGCAGAAAUCCUAACCCCCAUUCACAUUUAGCAUAGCCAAUUGUGGGAGGAAACCGGAGCACUUAGAGGACACCAAGCACAGACACAGAGAAUGUACAAACUCCACACAGACACUUGCCCACGGUGGUACAGGUGGCCACCUUGCUGUGGAUUUUGUUGAUCGAUGGGGCAGGGGCUGCAACUGAUGAUACUUUGUCUUGUAGUAGUCCUUCAAGUGAGGCAGUAUCGGAUUUGCUCUUUGGUUACAAUGAACUGAAACUUUGGGCAGAAAGGACAUGGAACAGCAAAACAGCACCAGCCACUGCUCCAGUCAACCAGUUGCUGAAACUGUAACAACGGAAUGAUGUCACAGAUCAGUUUAAUUAAAAACAUUUUAAUAAAUUUUUUUAAUACA